AUGUCGUUAUCAAAUACAACUCUUGGUGAGAUUAAUGCUCUCCGCUACGGUAAUAUGAUCUUUUUUGAGUUUUGGUCUUAUUCAUUAGUUGGUUUGCAGCAGCACACAGUGGUACGCACACAACAUCGUGGACAACAACAACAAGGACCACAACAAGAACAACAGCAAGGAUUACAGCAUGGAUCACAACAUGGACUGCAGCAAGAAUCACAGCAUGAGCAGCAACAUGGAUCGCAGCAUGAACUACGGCAUGUGUCACAGCAUGAACUACAGCAAGGACUGCUGCAACAACCACAACCGCAACAUGAUGAACGACAACAGGAUGGCAUAUUAAUAGUAAUAAUGUGA